AUGACCAGACCACUGCGUCGACCCACCCGCUUUAACGCCCCGGAGGUCACCACCAAAACGGUGAGGUUAGAGGGAAUCGAUGAUACCGAUAUGGUCGAUGACCAUGACCAUGACCAUGACCAAGAUCACGACCCGGACGGCACCGGUGGUGAUGGUGACAAUGACCCGGCCAAGCCGUCGCGAAAGCGCCAGCGUGUUCGGUUGAGUUGCCUCGAAUGCAGGCGCCGGAAGCUGUCGUGCAACCGAGCGCUCCCCUGCGAUCGCUGUAUCAGGAGCGAGACACCUGGCCGGUGCCAGUACGAAACGAGGUCUGGCAAGGUCAUCAACGCCGCCUCGGAUUACAACUCCCUCCCACCGGACUUCCGGCGGCUGGACACGGCCCAGUCAUCCAUCCGCGAACGGGACCACGAGAGGAUCCGCAAGCUCGAGCACGAGAUUGUUCAGCUGCGGAAAGAGAUGUCGAGGCAGCGCGGCUCUCUCGAGGGUAGCACUCCCUUGGCUACCACCUCUCCGUCCACUCAGGCUGGCGAGCAAGAAGCCGCCGUUGACGAGACGCGCAUUAGCGCUCAGAACCUCCCCUUCGGUGCUGAAAAGGGAGAGCUUCGCUUCGUCAGGUUCAAGGAGUUCCGCACCAGGUUCCUCGGCCCCCACAGCGCCGCCAUGGCCAUGGCUGAGCUCACCGGCCUGUCACCCUUCAUGAAGGAAACGGCCGACGAGCUGCUUAGGUCCGUCAAGCUCCAUGACCGUAAAGGCAAGGAUCGGAAGAGGCGCACAGAACUGCGCGAGAAGCUGUCCAUGGAGCCUGAUCUUCACCUCGAGUCCCUCUUACCCACCAAAGAGGAGUCGGAUGCUCUCAUCACCGUAUAUCUAGACAUCUUUGAGCAGCUCCACCGCAUCAUCCACAUCCCCACCUUCCGCCGCGAUUAUGCCAGAUUCUGGGACCCGCCGGAAGCUCGCCCGCCAGGCGCUAGACGGUCUGCGUUUACCGCCCUGGUGCUGUCUAUCAUGUCCAUCUCAUGCUGCCUCUACUCGCACCCCACCAUCAAGUUUGUUGGCAUGAUGUCCGAUAACCACAGCUCCGCGGUGAAAUGGGUGACGGCCGUUGACGACUGGCUAGCACGCCAAAGUCAAAAACACCGCAGACUGAUACACUACCAGAUCGCCUGCCUUCUUUACCUGGGAAAGAGAGUCAAUACCAUCAAGAAGAAGAGGUUCUGGACUGGUGCGGGAGCCCUCGUUCAAGACGGCAUUUCUCUCGGUCUCCACCGCGAUACGCGCCACAUGGCCGGGAAGAUGUCGGCUUACAAUCAGGAAAUGAGGCGUCGUAUCUGGGCAACUGUCCAGGAGCUAGACAUGCAGGCCUCGUUCGAUUUCGGACUACCCACCCUGCUGAGCCAGGUGCACUACGACGUCGCCGCACCUUCGAAUCUCGACGAUAACGAGUUCAACGAAGAAACGGUCGAGAUCCCCCAUCCCGGCCCCCAGACGACUGAGCCGCGUCCUUUACGGACCCCUAACCCGCCCACCGACUACGAUGAUAUUGUCCAGUACACCAACAACCUGAUGCGCGAGAUUGAUGCCUUGCCCUCAUGGGAUCAGAACUCGGGUCCUGCUCACAGCUCCAAGAAGCCGAUCCUCGCGUACACUCUGCUGCACAUCCAGCUAAGGCAGUACAUCCUGCCGAUGCAUCAGCAGUAUGUCAAGACGGGGGCCAGCACUGCGAGCGACUCCACGAGAUACCAGUACUCGGAGAAUGUGUCGUACAACGCCGCGCGAGACAUCGUGCUCCUGCACGACAAACUCUACGAGCAGGGAGUUCAAGCGCUCAACUUUUUGCGAGAAGACACCCUGACGACAGCGAUCAAGUUGUGCAGCGUGACCAUGCUGCAGCCCCAGGGAUCCACCAACAUGAUUAUGAUCAACGCGCGACACACUGUAGAGCUCAUCGAAAAGUGCAUCGCCAUGAAGGAGGAUCGCCUACUACGAUCGGGAAACUACGAGCCUUGGGGUUUCGUCUUCUUGUACGGAGCUCUGGGCUUGCUCCAGGCCCAUCUCAACCUCAAGUCAGGGGCCGACGCAAAGGCAUCGGCCAUUGAGAAGCUCAAAACCCUGCAGAAUAAGUUGAGCCAGGUCCGUAGACUAACGUCACCCGACGAUCCUCUUGAGCGCUCGAUGAGCUCCAGCUCCAUUGGGCCCAGUCCUCCUAUGAUGACCUUCCAGGCCGCUACGGCCCUCGGCGCACGCGCUGGGCUUGUGGGCCCAACCACGCCGGGAAUGAUGAUGACACCAGACUUUCCGUUGCAAUCGUUCCCCAACAACUUUGACUUCCAACCUUUCCCAGAACAGUUCCUUGGUGACUUUUUUAACCUGAACGUUCCCGAAACUUGGCCUUUUAAUGGCGUAUGA